AAUGUCUAACAAAAAUGAAGACAUGAUCUUCACAUUGAUCUAAUAAGUUGGAGUUAGAGAAGAACUUUAGAAAAAAAUGAAUGUCUAUCAUACGUGGACUUAGACAUUUACCUUCAAAUAUAUAUUAUAUUGGAGAAGCAAUAACAGAGGGUAGAAGGACGUUCCCGAAUUAAUUGGAGAUUAGAUUUUCUUUUUCUAGAAUCUCAUUAAUCAAGAAGAAGAACAAGAAAACCUUCGGUCAUGGAGAUGGAUCCCUCACUCGCACCAGAUCAUCCCCAAUUGUCUUACAGCAUCCUACCUAGGCAUGAAGAAACAAAGGAGGAUGGAUCACCAGAACCUUCUCUUUCGUUGCUGGACCAGCUUUCUAGAUUUAAAACCAUGGCAUGUGAAGCAUACACAAGGAAGCCAGCCUCAUACUGGGUUCUACUAGUUCUAAGCAUUGGAUCAAUGCUUGUUGCUUUUCCAGCAUCGAGUCUCCUAUCUCGUCUCUAUUUUGCUAAUGGUGGAAAAAGCAAAUGGAUAAUUUCAUGGGUUUCAGUUGCUGGGUGGCCUCUAACCGCUCUAUACUUGCUUCCAUCAUAUAUUUUUCUUAAAAUUCAGCCAACGCCUCUCACGUUCAAGCUCACUCUCUCUUAUAUUUGUUUUAGGGUUUUUAAGUGCUGCGGAUAUGCAUAUGCUUACGCCUAUCUGCCUGCAUCAACUGCUUCUCUUUUAGCUUCUUCUUCCCUGGUUUUCUCUACCAUUUUUGGCUAUUUCAUAGUUAAGAACAAAAUAAAAGUAUCCACGUUAAAUGCCAUUGUGAUCAUAACUGCGGCAGUUGUUCUUAUCGGUUUAGAUUCAGAUUCAGAUAGAUUUGGUAACGUCAGUGACAGCCAAUAUACAUUGGGCUUCAUAUGGGAUAUUGUGGGAUCAGCUCUUCAUGGACUCAUAUUUGCGGACUCAUAUUUGCGGACUCAGAGUUGGUUUUUGUGAAGUUACUGGGGAGAAGGUCUUUUCAUGUAGUCUUAGAACAGCAAGUUAUGGUAUCCUAAGAGCGUCCACAGUGGGAGAGUAAACCCAAAUAUUUGGUCUUUUGAACAGACGUAG